AUGUUUGACUCAUACAUCAGUGUGCCGACGCACAUUUACGACGACGAGAAAGACCUAGGCGACAUAGACGAACUGGCUGAGGACAUACGCCACAGCAAAGAAUCCCUGAGGAGGCUGGUAUCUCGCCAAGCCUCGCGCGCAACACGGGCAUCGCGGGCAUCAAUCGAGUCUCGAGGGCCCCUCUCGUCCAACGAAGACCUCGACCUACAUGUUGACCUCCCCCCGGGAAUACUGGCGGACGAAUCGGCUGCCUCGUCGCGACCACCUGGGCAUCCAUCCGGCAAGGCGACUCGGAAGAAGAAACGUAGCUCAACGACCCCCCGGUCUGAACUCAAGGCGGAACGUGAUGCCGGAGUUCAACCGGCGAAGCGGAGGCGAGGCUUCCGUGCAGCAGUUCGACGAUUCUUCGGCCUGGGCGAUAAACCCGAGGCUCUUACCGACGCGCCGUACGGAAAACCUGAGAUUCGCGUACCUCGAAAACGCGACCAUCGGGACAGGGGAAAGAAACGUGACCAUCGGGACAAUGGCCUGCGGAAAUCCACCAAGAAGAAAGCCGCGCCAGAGCGGAGUACUGAUCAUGCCGAAACUGAGUCGUCUUCCUCAAAGGAGCCCGCGCUUCCCCCUGGCACCGAUUUCCCCCAAAAAUGA